CGCCGGAAGUGCCGCCAUUUUGGGGUGUUCUGCUCUAGCGGCGGCGGCGGCGGGACGCGGAGGCUCCCCCGGGACUUGGCCUCAGCUACGAGGCGGCGGCUGCGGAGGCGCAGGCAGCAGCUGACGCGGCGGCGGGCUCAGGUGCAGCCGCUGAGAGAAGACCUAGUCCAGAGAGGGAGGUGUAAAGCUCCAGGAAGCUAAAGCUGAGUGUAUUUGUGGAUGAGACAAGUCCAUCAAGUUAAUGUCAUUGGCUUCUGAAGGGGACAGUGAGGUGAUGGCCGCGUUUAAGUUGGAUUUCCUUCCAGAAAUGAUGGUGGAGCAUUGCUCUUUGAAUUCCAGUCCUGUCUCAAAGAAGAUGAACGGCACCCUGGACCACCCAGACCAACCAGAUCUUGAUGCUAUUAAGAUGUUUGUGGGCCAGGUUCCCAGAACCUGGUCUGAGAAGGACUUGAGGGAACUCUUCGAACAGUAUGGUGCUGUCUAUGAAAUCAACGUCUUAAGGGAUAGGAGCCAAAACCCUCCUCAGAGCAAAGGGUGCUGUUUUGUUACAUUUUACACUCGUAAAGCUGCAUUAGAAGCACAGAACGCUCUUCACAACAUGAAAGUCCUUCCCGGGAUGCAUCAUCCUAUACAGAUGAAACCUGCUGACAGUGAGAAGAACAAUGCAGUGGAAGACAGGAAGCUGUUUAUUGGUAUGAUUUCCAAGAAGUGCACUGAAAAUGACAUCCGAGUCAUGUUCUCUUCAUUUGGACAGAUUGAAGAGUGCCGGAUAUUGCGGGGACCUGAUGGCUUGAGCCGAGGUUGUGCAUUUGUGACUUUUACAACAAGAGCCAUGGCACAGACAGCUAUCAAGGCAAUGCACCAAGCACAGACUAUGGAGGGCUGCUCGUCCCCUAUGGUGGUGAAGUUUGCUGAUACGCAGAAGGACAAAGAGCAGAAGAGAAUGGCCCAGCAGCUCCAGCAACAGAUGCAGCAGAUCAGCGCGGCGUCUGUAUGGGGGAAUCUUGCUGGGCUGAACACUCUUGGACCCCAGUACUUAGCACUUUAUUUGCAGCUCCUUCAGCAGACUGCCUCCUCUGGGAACCUCAACACCUUGAGCAGCCUCCACCCGAUGGGAGGCCUCAAUGCGAUGCAGUUACAGAAUUUGGCUGCAUUGGCUGCUGCAGCUAGCGCAGCUCAGAAUACACCCAGUGGUACCAAUGCUCUCACUACAUCCAGCAGUCCCCUCAGCGUCCUCACCAGUUCAGCAGGGUCCUCACCCAGCUCCAGCAGCAGUAAUUCUGUCAACCCCAUAGCCUCACUUGGAGCCCUGCAGACACUCGCUGGAGCAACAGCUGGCCUCAACGUUGGCUCUUUGGCAGGGAUGGCUGCUUUAAAUGGUGGCCUGGGCAGCAGUGGCCUUUCGAAUGGCACCGGGAGCACCAUGGAGGCCCUCACCCAGGCCUACUCUGGUAUCCAGCAAUAUGCUGCUGCUGCACUCCCCACCCUGUACAACCAGAACCUGUUGACACAGCAGAGUAUUGGUGCUGCUGGAAGCCAGAAGGAAGGUCCAGAGGGAGCCAACCUGUUCAUCUACCAUCUCCCCCAGGAGUUCGGAGAUCAGGACCUGCUUCAGAUGUUUAUGCCCUUUGGGAAUGUCGUGUCUGCCAAGGUUUUUAUAGAUAAGCAGACAAACCUGAGCAAGUGUUUUGGUUUCGUAAGUUACGACAAUCCUGUUUCGGCGCAAGCUGCCAUCCAGUCCAUGAACGGCUUUCAGAUCGGCAUGAAGCGGCUCAAAGUGCAACUCAAGCGUUCGAAGAAUGACAGCAAGCCCUACUGAGUGCUCCCCUCUGAGACUGGAGUGAGAGGGUCUUCUGGCACGGCUUGCCCUGAAGACUCGGCUACGGCCUUCUGUGGGAGUUUCGCUUCGUACAGAGGACGAGUUUGUGCUUUGGUUUCCAGUAUUUUACUUUGGAGUUUAGGUGCCAUAUUCUGAGAUUUUUUUUCCCCCCUUUAUUUAAAAGUUUGCCGUGUUUGUAACCAGUGUGUGUUGAGAUGGACCAACAUCAGACUGCCCUGGGGGUGGGAGAAUGGGGAAGUAUUUUUCAAAGAUGAAGAUCAGGAUUUGACCCAAAUCACCCCAAGAGAGAGGACUGAGUGGAAAAAGCAUGACCCUUAGAGUGUCCCCGAGUGCAUAGCGGGGGUGCUUUGGAGGAGAGGCAGGUGACCUGACACCUAGUGUCGUGCAGCCGCAGGCGGAAGCUGCUUCACAGCUGCCUCCCAUGGAAAUAUACUGAGUUUCUGCCACCUAUUUUUCAAAUUCUUGUCCUGGAUUUCUGCCCCUCUUUCCUAAAAGGGGGUCAACAAUUCUCUGGAAAUAAAGUACCUCUUAAAUUAACUGAUUUAUGCAAAAAGCAGGGAGACAUCACCCAUUCCUGGCCUUCAAGCCUCCGUUGGUAGUGGAUUGCCCUGCCUGGCUGGUGGCUGUUGGGAGAAGCACCCAGGAGGUCAUUCUUAGUUACAUCAACAUCAGAUUAGACCCUGGCCCAUUUCCAGCAAAUCCCCUUUUUAAAAAGGCCUCUGUGCAAGACAUUGCUGGGUCUCUUUCCUUAGAGUCCAUUCUAAGCCACAGUUUUCUCUGAGGGCAGAUCUGCUGGGUGUGCUCUGGGCAGUGAUCAGGAGCCACCUCGUUGUGAGGGGAGGAGCCUGUGCCUUGGUGUCCUGAGCCACAGGGUCCCUUCAGGCCCGGCUGUUGUGUUGACCGCAGCCAGGCCUCAUACAGAGGGAGAGGCAGAGAUACGCACUUCUCCUCGACUCAGUUGAGGUGUCCCAGAGGUAGUAUCCCACAGUUAUGGCACACGCCUCCGCCAGCCACGCCAGUCCCAUCUUCUGCUCUUGGGGACAGAGAAACAACAGCACGUUUACAGCCUCUGGAUGGAUUUAGUGUUCAUUUACCUCAGUAUUACUCUGUUCAUUGUUGUCCUCGCGCUUAGUUAGCUGCCCACUGCCUCCCACAGGCCUCGCUCCAGCUCAGGCCUCUGGGCUGUGCCUCUGCUCCGAGAAAUGCUGUGGGGUGGGAGCUGCAAAGACGUGCUGUUGGUGGGGCUUCCCUGGCAGUCGCCUGUGGAGGGGACUGGGUGCCCAGGCCCCUGGGAGCUUACCCCGCCCUCACCAGUAGGAGUCGGCCCGACCACGGAGAGCACGGGGAAAGGGCCGUUUUGCUGUAACUCAGAAGGGGCGCUCUCCCUGCCGUGCUGUUCCUGGGGUAGCAGCCAGGGCUGACCGUCUUGCUGCAAACUGGUGGUACUGGAUUAUCCCACUGGAGCAGGGACGGCCAUCCCUUCUUGUAGUGAUAACUGGGGUCUGUUGUCCUCUGAGAAACGUGAAACGUACCCAUCUUAAGCGGACCCACGUAAACUUGAAUUCUGCACACUGGGAGAAAUGUGUCCUGUGUUUCAAAGGAGAAAACUGUUCUAAAGGCUUCCAGGGUCAUGAUGGGAUUUUUUAAAUAAAUGCAAAAAAUAAAAAGAAAAAAGAAUACAAAAAAAAGGAAAAAAAAGAAAAAAAAAAAGAAAAAAUGCUAGGUUGGGGGAGACGCUGUUCUGAAUCCCAACCGGCUGGAACCAAGAAUGUUGUUUCUAUUUUUAUAGAAGUUUUAUACAGCUCCGGGGUGGAGAAUAUUUAUUACCUAAAUUAUAUCUCUGGAAAAGGCCAGGAUUUUAUAGAAUCCAGAAUGUGAUUGUUGUACACACAGGGUGCUGUGUAUGAUUGAAACUACUGACUUUCUGUGGCGUUCGCAGCCCGGCUAACCUGCCCGAGGGGAAGGCAUUAAUGCUGUGAAUUGGCAGAGGAGAGAGCUGUGCUCUCCGGGCGCUGCCGGCGCCGUGCUCCCGACCUUCUGUUCUAUCUUCCUCUUUGGCCAGAACUCUGCGGCCGCUCCCCCUUCCUCCACAGCCCUGUCUCACCAGUGCCCAGGGGUUUGUCCUGGGCACAGGUGCAGCCUGUCACCUUUGAUCCCGCCAAGGCCCAUACCCACUCGCAUUGUCCCUUCUGAAAGGAGCACCGGCCCCUGGGGCCCUGGCUGCGCAGGCAGCCCGCGGGCCAGACCAACACCAACACCGUGGACCCCUCCGCCCAGCGUGUCGCACCGCAGCGGCACUGCCCUUGAGCACAGUUCUCUCCUGGGCCAAAGAUGGUUUUGUGAAGAAGCUGCUCCCCUCUGAGUCUCACAGCGUGAGAGGGCUCAGCCCGGAGAGUAGAGACUCACAGCCAAGUCUUAAGCAAUCCUUUUCUGUCGUGGAGGUGUCACUUACAAUGUGCUUUCUGCUGUAGUUUUGUUUCUUCCUUGGGUUACAUCAUGAAAUUGAUUUGCCUUGAAUGUGGCCAGACCACUAUCUCCUGGGUCCCACACAAGUGGCCAGGGCCGGUGUGGAAGCUAAGAGCUUGGAUUUCUGGGAACCAAGGGCUCUCCCCGUAGGUUGAAGCAGAAAUCCCAGCUCUCCCUGCUGAAGAACCGCCCCCCACUCCCAGCCUGCAUCUCUGCCUCCUCCCUGGGAGAGGAGAGGUGGGGCCCACCCCCAGAGACCUCCUCCUCCACCACUGGGCACUUCGAGGGAAAUCCAAGCCUUAGGUUCCCUCUGUCUCUGGCAGCUGGAUGUUUUCUUGGUGUCCUCCGUGUCCUUUUUGACUCUUCCCUGUGUCCAUCGUUAGCAUGUGCAAAGUCCCCUGUCAUCCCGUCCCGCCCCGCCCCGCCCUGCUCCUCAUUUCAGGGCUGUCCACACAGAGUGUCCUGUUCUCUCUCUCUGUUUGGAUGUAUUGCUCUGUGUAACUCAGUGGGUCUCCCUCUUUCUGGUUUGUUUUUUUUUCUAGAUUCCUGCCGUUUGUUCAUCGUUGUGCCUAAAGCAUGUCGAUGUGGCGUCAAGUACAUCGUCCAAAUCCCUGUCUCUUCAGCUUCUCUGAUGCUUGAACUCUCACCUUUGACCUUGUGUUGACCUUUGAUGCUGACGUGUAUUUUUAUUACAUUUGUUUCUUUCUUUGUUUUUUCUUUUUUCUUUCCUAUUUUUUUUUCUUUUCCUUUUUGUGCUGCCAAAAUUGGUUUUGCUAGAACGACUGCUGAAGGGGAAAUAUUUAAACUUGCAUUUGAAUAUAAAAAAAUCUAUUUUUCUAGAACUUCAUAAGAUAACCACUUGAUUUUGUGAUUCCAAUUCUUUGUAAUCGUCUUCAGAGCAGCCCUACUAGCACAUACCGCGUGGUGUUUGUGUUUCCGUGAACACACAGCCAGUCCGUUUCUAGGCUUUGUUUCUGUGUGCUUAGUUUUAAAGACAACUUUGAAGUAAACAAUGAAAUAAAGGAUGUCACUAAAACCUUUGAGGCUCCUGAGCACAUUUUGCUGAUACAGCUUGUGGGGCUUGAGGAGACCGCAUGUGUUGUUGUUAUUUUUGUUUUUCUGAGUUCUCGACUGCAGAACACACCCGAACCCCUCCUCUUCGACAGCAGGCUGCAGUUUGGGCCCCUGCCAUCCCUUUUCCUUUUCUUCUGUGGUCUUCCUUGGGGGUGACCCUGCCGGGUAUCCAGGACCCCGGCCAUCCCUCAGCCCCGGCUCACCUCAUGCUUAUCCUGCAGUCUCCACAGCAAAAUGUGAUGCUUUGAUCUUUUUGUUUUUGUAUUGUUUUUGUGUUUUUAUUUUGAGUAUUUUUUCCCACUAAGAUUAUGCUCAGAAAAAAACAAGUUUUGCAUGUUUCCUGCUAUUUCUUCACACCUCCGUAUAUAUCACCUUCACCUCUCUGUUUUCUAUAGUUUGUGCAAAAACUGACCGAUUUAAAAGGGUUUCAAAGAAGCUGUUUUAAAUUGUUGUGGGGUUGAUUAUUUUUUUCAAGAUUGUACUGUUUAUUUUGAAGUGGCAACUCACUCCUCUAUUGCCCGUAGAGCGUGUCCUGUGCACUUAGACUGUCACCUCGUGUGGCGGCAGGUCUCGGCAGGGUGCCGGGGACCUGGGCCACUCUGCCUGGAGGGGUGGGGAGGGGAGGGGAGAGGAGAGGAAAGGAGGGACCUGGACAGGCAGGGUGACAGAGACAGCGUGAAGGGGCUGAGGGGCACAGGAGGCCAGUGUAGGACCAGCACCCAGCGGGGGGGCGCCCUGACGCUGAGGGGGAGGGGCGCCCGCGCACGAAGUAGCCUGCCCGCGCUUUCCUAGGCGACAAGCACAAUACCAGUCUUCACACUGUUUACACCCCUGAGCACCGCCCGCCCCAGCCGGCUCUGCCCUGCCUGGGUACUGGGGGAGCCAGGGCGGGGACUCGUUUUCUUCAUUGGGUGAAGAGCCACAUAGCUACUGCCCCUGGGUGCCGGGCCAGCCAGUGCUUGGGCUCCCGGAGGGGAACUUCCCCUCUUCCCCUGUGACUCCGUCCAGCUGCGGGGUCUUGGGACUUGAGGAAGAAUGUGAAGGGAGGGGGAGAGGCCAGAGGAGAGGGGAGGGCAGGAUGGGUCUGAGGAGGAAGAGGGAGCAGGAGAGGAGUUAUGGGGCCCCCCAGCCCUAAGCGCUGGGGACAGAACUGUCCAGGGGAUGGCGAGCUGUGAGGGACGGGGUGGGGGUAGAGGCACUGGCCAGCUCUGCCCACUGGGGUGGGAGGGGCCCCAGCCAGCUGCCUGGGCCAUGCUGGAGGCCGCUCCCACUGGCGGGAGGGGCAGCCGCGAGGCCCCAGCGUCCGGCACGUCCAGCACGGGGAGAGGGUGGGGAGAGCCAGGCCGGCCCAGAGCCCGCGCCCACAGUCUGACUGCACAGAGCCGCCUCGCGGCACGGGCGCCAGGCCUGCCCCUCCUGGGACUGAGAAGCUGUGUUUGCCAGUGUAUUUUGCUUUCGCUUCCAAGAGGAGCUCUGGGAAAACCUGUGGGUAAAAUCAAAUGCCAAACGUUGGACGUUGUUUCCUUUUCCUUUUCUCUCUCUGAUUGUUUUAAUUGUUCUGUGGUGGUUUUAAUGGAUUUGAGACCCUGGAGCGGCAGCUGCCUUUCUGAUUUCCAGCUGCUUUUUGUGAAUAAUUUAAAAAGAAAAAAAAAAGAAACUUUACAUUUUGGAGACAAACCUGUGUGAGUUUUUUAUUGGUACAAACGUAUUUAACACUAGGGGUUUUGUACAGUUUUUUGCCUUUUCUACUAGAAAACAAUGUAAAGUGAUUUCACAAUGUGAAGAGAAAAAAAAAUGCCACUAUGACCAAACGCACAGUCUGUUCUGCAGCAGCAAUGGGAUUCAAUCAACUUAAGUCGUGAUUCAGCCGUAGAAACGCUUUUCCUUGACCUUGUUUGAGCUUUCCUUUCUUUCCUGUUUUGAUUUGCAAAAGAAAAUGUCUUUUUUGUGUGAACUUGUGUUGUACUCUGUAGAAAAUUAUGGAUUUUACUUUAAUGGUUUUUUAAAAAAGGUAAGAAAAGUUUUUGUCGCUUUUCUCACCCAAUCACAGAGUUUGUGUAGUGGAUUAAAAAAGAAAAAAAUUGUUACAAGUUUGGAGCAAGGGAGUAUGUGUUUCAAAGGACUCGCCUUCCUUUUUUGUGUGUUUUUUCUUUUGUCCCAAUGGGAAACCUAAAUCUGUUUUAAUUGCACAGACACACGGACAAAAAGUCAUUUUGUAUCUGCCAAGUGUGGUACCUUCCUUUGUUUAUUUGCUAUUAAAUUGUUUGAGAAGAACA